GUGCGGACGCUGCUCUGACCUCGUCGAGCAUGCGGGAACACAAGGGUGAAUGUUUAACCCUGUACGCAGUUUGUCAUUCCAACUUGUAAAGAUCGUAAUCCAGUUUGCUCUUUUUGUUCAACUUCGCCGUUCUUUACUCGUGAGGAAUACCGCUCUGAAGACUGGUGCACAGAGCAUUGAAGGUGAAUGUGACCACUCCGAUCAUCUCCAGUGACUCUGAGUAUGGCCUUAGCGGGAUGCCCAGACUAUUUUCUCCACCAUCCAAACUACCAGGACAAUGAUGACCGCCCCCCCUCUCACAGACAGUCCAAUCUCAUUGGUUCAAGCUUCCAGCAGUCGUCCAAUCGGAGCCCUCCUAAUCACCCAGAUGAUGAUGUUGAUCUUGAGGCCCUGGUGAAUGACAUGGCCUCUCUUUCAUCCUAUGAGAGCCUCCAUGCAAACUGCGGAGCCCAGCACUCAGACUCCGCCCCCCUCUUGCACAGCAGUGAUGGCAAUGGACUCCAUGGCAACAGAGUGGCUCCACUGCCACGGGCCCCUAGUAAUAAAUUGACGGCCCCCCACUCUCCUGCCCAGAAUCUCCGGCGAUCUCAGCCCAUGCACAUACAGGCUGUCAGGCGUCUACAAGAAGAAGAGCUGCAGGUUCGUCCAGCUUCUUUGCCAGCGAUUCCGAACCCUUUCCCUGAGCUGUGCAGCCCCUCGGGAUCUCCUGUGCUCAGCCCUGGAUCAUUGCCACAGCCAUCAGAGUCACAUAUUAUCAAGGUUUUCAGUGAAGAUGGAGUGGGAAAAGUCGUGGAAGUCCCUGCUGAUAUGACAGCCAGAGAUAUGUGUCAGUUCCUGGUCUACAAAAGCCACUGCCUGGACGACAACUGCUGGUCGCUAGUGGAGCAUCACUCCUUACUUGGUUUGGAGAGGUGUCUGGAAGAUCAUGAGCUGGUGGUCCAGGUGCAGGCCUGCAUGUCUCCAGAGAGCAAGUUCCUCUUCAGGAAGAACUACGCCAAGUAUGAGUUCUUCAGAAACCCAAUGAACUUCUUUCCAGAGCAGAUGGUAGCGUGGUGUCAAGAAUCGAAUGGCUCUAUCCCACAGUCACAGAUGUUACAGAAUUUCUUGAAUUCCAGCAGCUGUCCUGAAAUCCAGGGCUUCCUUUAUAUGAAAGAGACGGGCCGCAAGUCCUGGAAGAAACUUUACAUGUUUUUGCGCCGUUCUGGACUGUACUAUUCUACUAAAGGAAUUUCAAAGGAACCAAGGCAUCUGCAUUUACUGUCCGACUUGGAGGAAAGCAAUAUUUUCACUGUGAUGACGGGCAAAAAGAUGCACAAUGCACCCACCGACUACCCGUUCUGCAUUAAGCCCAGUAAGGGCAGCACAGAACUAAAGGAGCUGAAGAUGUUGUGUGCUGAAGACGAACGGAGCAGAACAUGCUGGAUGACUGCUUUCAGACUGCUGAAGUUCGGUAUUCUGCUUUAUCAAAAUUACAAGACACCUCACCAGAGAAAGGCCACCAUCUCAAACUUCAGCGCACCUGUGCGAAGCGUGUCAGAGAACUCCCUGGUUGCCAUGGAUUUCUCCGGCAGAACGGGCCGUGUUAUUGACAACCCCGUGGAGGCGCAGAGCGCAGCCGUAGAAGAGGGACACACUUGGAGAAAGCGGAGUCAGAGAAUGAAUUUGCUGGGAAGCCCCAGUCCUUUACAUCCUUCUCCGUUAAAUUCAGUGAUCCACAGAACACAGUUAUGGUUCCACGGGCGCAUUAUGAGAGAGGAGUCCCACAGAAUGAUCAUUCAGCAGGGCCAAGUGGAUGGGUUGUUCCUGUUGCGAGACAGCCAGAGCAACCCGAAAGCUUUUGUUCUCACGCUGUGCCAUCAUCAGAAGAUUAAACACUUCCAGAUUUUACCUUUUGAGGAGGAUGGGCAAGUCUUCUUUAGCCUCGACGACGGCUCCACCAAGUUCACAGACUUGAUCCACCUGGUAGAAUUCUACCAGCUCAACAGGGGCAUCCUGCCCUGCAAACUUAAACACCCCUGCACCAUGGUGGCCUUAUGACCCCUUCCUUAUCCUUAUAAAUAACACUCAAACACGUUGAAAAAAAUUGUAACUGACAUAUUUUUUUGUUUUGUUUUUUUGUUUUUUUAAGAAUUUUCAAUCCUUUUUCACAAUAAGCUGACGCAACUCAUGGCUUUGGAAAAGUUUUUUUUUCCUUCUCAUUGCUACGGGGAUAGCAUGGAAAUGUUGGAAAUAAUUAUGCUACAAACUUACUGGACACCCAGCCCUCUGACUUGAUAAGUGUGCCAUUUUUUUAACCAUCUCUGUGGUAAAAUGAAUUGACUCCAAAUUUGAAAAAGAGUCUUUUUCAUCAUUCAGGACCUGACAGGAGGCACCCCACCCACCCAUGCCCUGCAUAAACUGAUUACAUCAGGACCGUUUGUUUUUUUGUGUGUGGUGUGUCUGCGAGGACUUGCAUUGCGAAAAGUUACUUGAUGACGAUUGAUAUGUAUUUAUGUUGUUAUUUCCUACCUGAACAUUUUGCACUCUCGAGCUGAAACAGGUGAUCCACUUCAUCCUGAGCUUACCGCAACAACUGCUAACCAUUUGCCUUCCUCCAACUUUUCUGUCCUCCUUUUACCCCAUCUCCCAUUUUGGUCUUCUAAACUCUUCCAGGGGAAUCCCUGCAUAAUGAUUGGAUUAGUGCAGAGAUAGUGACAGUCAUAGCCAUUUGAGGUGUCUUACUCUGAUAUACAUAUCCUAAAUGACAGCCAAAAACAAACGUAACCGGGUCAGAUUUAAUGCACCAUGUCAGCAAGGAAGCACUAGUUGAAAGUGGUUGAAACUUGCACUCUAAAAAAUGAUACUUGAUCGCUGUACUUUACCAGCAUAAGAAUUAGUUCAAUACAUGAAAAUCCUUACCCUUAUGUUGUUCCAAAUCUGAAAGACUGACUUGCUUCUGUGGAACAUGAGGAUGUUGAUGCUGUUAUUUUUGUCCAUAUGAUGAAAUUUAAUGGUAACUGAGGCUGUCAGUUCCUAACAUUCUGUCUAACAUCUUUUUUUGUCUCACGAAAAAAAAGUCAGCAUCAUCAACAAGAGACUGGAACAUUUUCAGGUGAACUAUCCCAUUAAGUUUGGAGUUGAGACCAAGCUUUGCCAUAGAGGAAUGUUUUGGGUGAAAUACUACAUAAAUUUGAUAGACCGUAUAUGUGACUUGCUGUCGAUUAUCAAGGAAGAUUUGCUUAGACUCGUCCCACAUUUUGCAUUAACAGCUUAUAAUGGAGCUCUUUGUGGUAACGCAUCCUAUAAUUGCUCCAUAGACUUCCAUAGUAAGUGGAUUUCUAUCAAAGUGCUUUUUGUUUGUUUCUCAGUUAGUUUGUUUACAAAAUGUGUGAGUCGAAACAGUUUUUCUGUGCAUUCUAAGUUGUAUUUAACCUGAAGCAGGAAUGGAGAGCUUGGGAAACAGGGUUUAAAGGUGCCCUCAGUAAUUUUGUAUACAUGUCGUCUUGGACUUACACUGACAUCUAGAGGUGUGGAUGCAGACUCAUUUAAAUGCAAAAUGCCAUUGUAGAAAGUCAUGUGAUCUUAACAUGGCAGCCCCCAUGAGGGGACCCUCUACAUGUAGAAUAAAAUAGCUUUUAUAAGGUUACUGAAAUGACUAAAGCCUUCAUCUCAUGUGAGUGGUUAUGAUUUUGUAUAUAUGUUUCAAAAUGACAAUUAAUUUCUUAAGGAGUACAACUUUUUAAUGAGGAAAAAAAUGACUGAGUGCACCUUUAAAGAUCAGUUAUCACAAUCUGUUCGAUCCCAUCCUAUGAAAAUUACAAAAUCUACACCAUGGUAAUCCAGGUCACUGGUUCUCUUUAGGAGUAUGAAAAAGGCCUGUGCAUGAAAGUGCAAUAUCGAUUAUGCACAGUUUGAAUUUAGAGCCAUUAAAACUUGACAUAGGCUAUAUAAGUAGCCACCAAAACUUGAUCCAGGUCAAAUAGGGCCACUAAAACUUGAUCCAAGACACUUUUUUUUUGUUGUGCUGCCCACCCUGAGCACAAUGGACCUUAGACAGGGUCAGCCCCAUUUUUUAUUUAAUUAGUUUGAAAACAAGGCUGUGUAGGAUAGACGAACAGUCUGUACGUUUGUUUAGGUUGAACUGUUAUGUACCUUGGUGUUGAUCGUUCCAAAAAAAAAAAACUUUCCAGUGGACAAAACACUCCGGAAAAUUAGACAUGACCUUACAACCUGUUGAAUGGUCUGUAUUAUUCCUCAGAACCUUGAUUUCAUUCACAUAUAUAUAACUAGACUGAUUAAGGUCCAUUCAAGAGGGUUUUUGUACUUUUUUUUUUCUCUGUCUCCAGUUGGUGUGCAUUUUUAGACUUACUUAUUAGUAUAGCCUGUAGCUUAACAACUGCCUUUCAAAUCACUGUGCUGUUCUUGAGCCGUGUUAAAAUCUUUAAUUGACAGGUCAGGACAGAGUAUGUGUCUGCAGGGACAAACUCGCACGCUCUAAUAAAGACGUGAAGGAGUUGCACAAUCGCAUCUCCUAUGCGUGUCUGUAAUCCUCCAGGGCUUUGACAUAAUGCGGUGAGGAGAUUAGCUCCCAUUCCAGCUUUGCGACAAAAGAAGUUUAAUGACAAUAGCUGCUCGACAGUUACCUGCAGUGCUACUUAAGAGUUUCUACUUGUUUCUGAUGUCCGCCUUGUUAACCUUCCAACACUGGCCCAGCAAGACUAAGCUACAUGUCAAUCUCUUAUGGUUUUAUAUGCUAUUUCUGACAGCUGACUGUUAUGCUGUAGAGCUAGAACCAUACACGCCUACAUGACGAGAGUGUGUGCUAUGCACACUACGAUUGUAAAUCACUUUGAUACCACAAAAGUACCUUGUUUUAAUUUUCACAUAAGAUUUCUUGAGAUACUUUAAGCAAAUUAUUUCAACUCAGUGGUUAGUCUUAUGUUAGCUACUACUCUGAUCGUUGUCAAUCAAGGGUUGCGUUGCGCCUUGCCUUAAGUUAGCAUUUCACCAACUUUGUAUCUUCACACAAAUCUACUUCAUACAUUUCUACGAAGAUUAGCAAUGUUCUGCGCAUUUAGUGUCAAGGAUUCUAAGGUGGAUCACAUUAGGGUUUCAGUGCUAUAUUCAUUGUGCUUAUUUGAUAAUUUUUUUUUUUUUUUUUUUUACAAUUAAAGCCUGCACAAGUUAGACAAGGGCGCCUGGACACGAAGUUUGUUCUAACUGGAAUACAUUGGGGUGGAAUCUGAUUCAUUCCAUCCAACUCUAUCGCUACAUGUAUGUUUGGGUGCUGCUUGUACUCAGCGACCUGGGCUCAUCAUUUUUAAAUCCCAGACAUUCAUUUGAAAUAUCAACUUGCCUCUCUUCCCUUACCUUGAUUAUGCCAUUUUGGUAAAUCUGGGGCAGGUGGAGGUGUAUUUUCCCAAAAUGGGCCAAGCUCGUAAUUGGCUGGGCCAGGCCCAACCAGGCACCCUUGUGGAGACGGGCCUGGGACACAGAUAGCCAAUAGACACCACAGCAACAGAGCACAUUUAUUUCAAAUCAGCAUUGACCUAUAAAUCUCAAAGUAAUCUAAUGAAUAAGACAUCUGACAGUGGAAAAAAUUUGUUAGUAGUUUCGUAUAUUAAUGCUCUGGAUAAUCACAACAAGCUCUUGUUAGAUGUCAUCUGUGCUACCGUGGGGAGUGAGAGAAGUUUAUUUCAUAUGCAUGUUUGGAUCAUAUGCCGCUGUGUCGACAUUUUGCUACAGUUACAACUUACAACUUCUUGUAAGUAUGUGAAGCCUAAUAAGAGGAGGUAGUAGAUCUAACACUGUAUUAAAACAUCAUCAAAAGCUAUAUAAACAUGGUGCGCUCCAAAACAGAAUGAAGAUAUUAUGCAUGAAGUGCAAAUUAUGCAUAUUUCCUUUUGACUUGUACCAGUGUGCAUAUUUUGGCUUUAUGUGUUUUCAUUUUUAUGUCACAAAUGUCUUUUUAUAAAGAGUAUAUAUUACAGUAUUAAAUUAAGAAUGUGUUAUGUCUUUUUUUUUUUUAAAGUCAGUAUUGACCAAGCAAAUGUUUGGAAUGUUAAUAUAAUGAUUAAACUGAGUCAGACCACACCUACAUUUGACAAAAUA